AACAAAUACCCUGACAGCAAAGAUGUUCAAAGCAACAAAAAAGGAAACCAUAGAAACGAUGUCCAUGCCCAAAUUGUUAUUAGCACUUUGCAUCUUUUCUAUGGUUUCUCCAACCAUAGAAAUGAUGCAACAAAAUGUAGACAAAAAUAUGGGCAAUAUAACAGCAGAAAGAUGGAGGAUUCUUAGCGGAAAUAACAAUUGGGAAGGCUUAUUAGAUCCACUCGACAAUGAUCUUCGUCGGUACCUCAUUCGCUAUGGCGAAAUGGCACAAGCAGCUCGAGACGCCUUCAACACCAAUAAAAUGUCGAAGUAUGCUGGAAGUUGCCGAUAUUCUAAGAAGAAUUUAUUUUCUCGAACUGGGAUUGAGAUAUCGAAUCUAUUCAACUAUGAGGUAACUAAAUAUAUAUACGCAACAUCAUCUGUACAAGUUCCGGACGCAUUAUUCAUAAAAUCAUUGUCAAGGGAAGCUUGGAGUAAAGAGUCAAAUUGGGUUGGUUUUGUUGCUGUGGCUACAGAUAAGGGGAAAAUUGCAUUAGGAAGAAGGGAUAUAGUGAUUGUGUGGAGAGGAAGUGUUCAGACUAUGGAAUGGUUUAAUGAUUUCGAUUUCAUUCAAGUUUCAGCCCCUAAAAUCUUUGGUGAAAAAUCUGAUCCUAAAGUGCAUCACGGUUGGUAUUCCAUUUAUACUUCAGAUGAUUCGCGAUCACCAUUUAAUAAGGGAAGUGCUAGAGACCAGGUACUUGGUGAAGUUCAAAGAUUGAUGGAACAAUAUAAGAAGGAGGAAGUUACCAUAACAGUAACAGGGCAUAGCAUGGGGGCAGCCAUGGCAACAUUAAAUGCAGGGGAUAUAGUUUUCAAUGGAAUUAACAAAGGAUUUCCAGUCACGGCAUUUCUAUUUGCAAGUCCUAGAGUGGGAGAUGGAAAUUUCAAAAUGAGUUUCUCAAAACUCGAAAACCUUCGAGCUUUGAGAAUUCGAAAUGACCCGGAUAUAGUUCCAAAUUACCCAUUGUUCGGCUACUCAGAUGUUGGUGUCGAAUUGGUCAUUGACACUAGGAAAUCGGGCUAUCUAAAAAGUCCGGGAGAUCAGAGCAGUUUUCAUAAUACAGAUUGUUACUUGCACGGAAUUGCUGGAACACAAGGAUCAAAAGGAGGAUUCAAACUAGAAGUGGAACGCGAUAUUUCACUCAUUAAUAAGUAUUUGGACGCGUUAAAAGAUGAAUACGGUGUACCAACUUCAUGGUGGGUUGAGAAGAAUAAAGGAAUGGUUCAACAACAAAAUGGAUCCUGGAUUCUCGUGGAUCAUGAAGAUGAUGAUUUUUAGUUCUUUUGCGAGAAAAAUAAUAGAUGUUAGAUUUAUGAACAGGAAGAAAUAAUAUAGUAUCCGAUUUUGAUU